CGGAAAGUCCCAGCAUCAGGUAUAAAGGUUUCGAUCGGCCAUUUUUGUGCAGUCGUCUCUCCACGUCCACAUAUACCUGAAACAAGGAAGUUUUGGUUAUAAUCAUGGGGUCCGUUUGUAGUUGUUAAGGGAUUUACUGACCAAAUAUGGAUACCUCAGAUGAUCCAGAAGGGUGCAUAGUCGUUGGUGGCCUGCCGGCUAACGUGCCAGCUGGGACUCUGAAGGACAAGUUGAGUAUUCACUUCCAGAGUAGGCGGAAGUCUGGCGGGGGCGACGUCAGGAAAGUGGAGCUGGCAGGCGAUGGACAGACGGCGUACGUUUGGUUUGAAGCUCCAGAAACGGCGCAAAACGUCCUUCAAAAAGAACAGCUCUUUGAAAUCACCGUAGAGGGGGAGAAACGGGAGGUUCCGUUGAAGGUGGAGGCGCGCCGAGCUCCGGACAUCAAACCUGACCAGACCGCCGACGGAGAUGUGGCCAAGGAAUCUACAGGAUCAGAUCACACUAGUGAAGACAAGAAACCGACCGAAACUUCAGAACAAACCAACACAGAAGGAGAAGCGCCCGGGGAACCGGAUUCCGAACGCAGUGAUUCCUUGGACGACUUCGUUGUUCUCGAGAGAGAGGGUAUCGAAGACUUCGACCAAGCGGAGCCGACCGCGGGCUCUCCGGAGAAGUACCCCACCACGGAGACUGAACGGAAACAACUGCUACAGGACGUCCAGCGGGAGCUUGGCUUCGAGAAACCUUCGAUCGUACCUUCAGUCAACCUGUAUGAAGGGAGUACUCCGAAUAACUCUGUCAAGUCCAAGACUGACCCAGACAGCGAGAAGCCGCUGAACAACGCCACGAUGACGGGCAGCUACCUCUCCCGGGACAUCGUACAGUAUCAGGAGGGGGCGCUUCUCAAGGUUCACCGGAAUGUGAUGAACCCCCCUGACGGCGCCACUCCGGAGGAGCAGGAGCCGGAAUCCGGACAAGACGAGCAGGAAGAAGACACGCAGGACGCCGAUAGCAUCGAACCUGAGGAGAUAACAGAUACAGGUACUGACGGAGAGGACUGUACCAUUCUUGUGAAGGGAGUGAAAGAGACCACCGAUGACGACACUCUGAGGGACUUUUUCGAGAGUAAGCGGAUCUCUGACGGCGCGGAGGUCAAGAGUCUGGACAGGAAGGGUGGCGUGGUGACGGUCACGUUCACUGAGGCAGCAGCUGUCAGCGUUGUUCUGAAGAACCGACCCCUUCACCUGGAAGGCGCGGAGCUGGCGGUGUCAGUCCCCGCGGCAGAACGCCCGCGUGAGCCGGCACCUAUCGACCAACGCAGGGUGUUCUUAACGGGACUUCCGCAGGGCACUGACGCAGAGACAGUGUCGAUGUACAUGGAGGCCAGGAGUAGAAGCGAUAUCCAGUCCGUUGAAUUCGGCCUGGAGCCUGGAACCGUCCUCGUCACCUUCGAGGAAGUCAUGCAAGAUAUGGAGUCAGUCAUACGGAAGUGCCAGGGGAAGCCGCUUCGUGGCGCCACACUCUCAGCCGUCCCCGUCUUCAUGACAGACUGGAUCGUUGUGACUAACCUUCCCGAGCAGGCUACCACUCACGAGGACACAGUUUCUCUGUACUUCGAAAGCAAGAGGCGCAGUGGAGGGGGCGAUGUGUCCGAUGUAAAACUUCUCCCAGGAGAGAAAAUGGCGUACGUCCAGUUUGAGGACUACCAAUGUGUUUCUAACGUCGUCAAGCGGGAGCACAAGCUGCAGCAAACCCCGAUACAAGUGCGACCGUUCCAUCCUUGCCUCGGAAUGAAGACGGCAACUGUCAAGCCUAAGUCAAUCAAACUGCCAUCACCAAUCGUGGUUCAGGUGGACCCGACUGUCAUGGAGUACUUGACCAGCGAUGUCGACUCGAUGAAGUCCGUGAAGUCUUCACUUCGCUGCGUCUCCGUAUCCCUGGUGUGGCCGCAUGAGGACGACCGCAGGCUCGCAGCCCUGGCCCCAUCGUUUGCAGACGAAGAAGCAGCACGCGCCAUUGAUGAGCAUGAUUGGUGCCAAGAGGCGCUGAAUACCUUCAAUAAAAUCCUGUUGAGUUUCUCCUCUGAGUCGGUCCAGGUCCCUGCCACUGUAUGGGAUAACGUCUCGGCCAGACUGGCGCACAUUUCCAACCGCGCUGACCCAGACAAAAAAGUGGUGAUGAAGGUAAGUCCCACCGACCAGGCUGUGACGCUCACAGGUCCGAAGGUGUGUGUUUGUCAAGUUGUCCAGGCCAUACGUGACACCAUCUCCAAAGAGGAAGACGAAUAUGCCAAGGUAACAGCAGUUGUCCUCGGUCCACCCAUAGAGAUGAAGCCACUGGAGCUGCAGCAUCUGCUGGAGACAGGGUACAUCGAGGCCAUGACGAAGAAACACCGCGUGGAAGCAGACACAGCCGGGCGUCUAGUUUUCAAGGGAGUUUCUACAGCCAUCAGCGCCGCUACAGUUGAAGUGUACGAGAAACUGAGGAAGAUAUCAACCAACCAGAUGCCGGUGUCAGCAGCCGAGGGCUUCUUACGCUUCGUUACUAGAGACCCGUGGAAGUCGUACAUCAAGCAGUGCAUGAAGGAACAGCGGAUCCAGGCUCACUGGGCCGUGCAGGGGGGGAUGCUCACCGUCGUGGCCGAAUCGGAGGAUGAGUACCUCAAAGCGAUCGACCGAUUCAGGAGCACGGUGACGGAGACGGAAAUGCCUGUCCAUGGUCCGGCCCUGAAGGUCCUCGACUCGGACAAGUGGACCGGUUUCCUCUCUACCAUCCAGGACUCGUUUUCGGGUCUUCUUCAGAUAACUGUCAACAGCGACAAGGAUGGGAAACUCGUGUUGAUCACAGGUCCGUCUGGGAACGUCAACAUGGCGAAAGAGCAGAUCGACCAGUUCUUGAUGAACAACACUGUCCUUGAAAGCUUUGUGGAGAUGCCAGUCGGUGUGGUCGAGUUUCUGCAAAAGAUGAAGAAAGACGUAAUCGGCAAGUUUCAGGAAAGACUCCAGAAGGGCGAGGGCUACAUCACAGCGACUACAGAUGGGGAUGUGGCUGGAUUCACCGUCGUGGGGACCCAGGAUGGCAUACAACAAGCCGUCAAGCAUCUCCAGCAACUACAGAACAACGUUACUCAUCAGGAACUCUCCAUCCAAAACCCAGGGAUGAAGAAAUACUUCUCAGCCGGACAACCAGGAGAAGAAAAGCUGAAGUCUAUUGGUGACGUUUUCAACUGCAUCAUUAAGACACACCAGGAGAAGAAGCCAAACGAUGUUCAUUGUGAGCCCUUGAACCACGUCCUCCUCCCUCACAGCAGGAAGCUGGUCGUGUUUAAGGACGAUCUGACGAAGCACCGCGUCGAUGCCAUCACGAAUGCGGCAAACAAGAAUCUGAAGAAUGGAGGUGGUCUUGCGGAGGCAAUCAUAAAAGCAGGCGGUAAGGAGAUCCAGGAGCACUGCGACCAAAUCAUGAAGGAGGAGCCCAUGGGCUUGAUGGCUGGUGCUGUGCGGGUCACUGGUCCAGGCAAACUGCCGUGCAAGGGUGUUCUCCACGCCGUUGGGCCGAACUUUCAUGAGAUCAAAGACGACAAGCACUCCCGAGAUGAGUUGUUUAAAACAGUCACUAAUGUCCUGACGAUGGCAUCAAGAUAUCGCUUCAGCUCUGUAGCGAUCCCUGCCAUAUCCUCCGGCAUAUUUGGGGGACCGCUAGAUCUCUGCACCAAAACAGUGGUCAGGGCUGCUGGCCUGUACUUCAAGAGGAACAGUGACAGCAACGUCAACGAAGUCCACUUUGUCGGAAUCGACAUGGAUAUCGCCCAGUCGUUCAACAAGGCCUUGCUGGAGACCUUCGAUGAGUACGGAGGAUGGAAUCCCGAUUCGGAGUCACGAGAGAAUAGUCUGGAGUGGGUCGUGCUGCCACCAGAAGCACGGGGACCACCGCCCUGCCCCCCAGAGUAUGGCGAGCACCUGGUCACCCCGGGUUCGUACAGCAUGUUCACCAACCAGGGACUGAAGAUCACGCUCACAAGAGGCAGCAUUUCGGAUCAACAGGCGGACGUUAUCGUCAACACAAUCGGCCCAGACCUAAACCUAAGGACUGGUGCCGUCUCCAAAGCACUCCUGGAUGCAGGUGGACCCAAACUUCAGGUGGAAUGUGACAAGAUCAAGAAAGACCUCGGAAGACUCCCGGCUCACGGAGAAGUUGUGCAAACGUCGGGGGGAAACUUGGGAUGCAAGCAAGUGUACCACGCCGUGUGCUCCUUCUGGGCCCCACAGGACAGCGCAAAGUCUGAAGACGUGCUACGCAAAAUUGUUUCGGCAUGUCUGAAAGGUGCAGACAAGGACAGCAUGCGCACCAUCGCCUUCCCUGCCCUUGGAACGGGCGGCCUGGGUUAUCCUAAGGACGUCGUCGCCCGUCUGAUGUUUGAGGAAAUACUGUCACACAGCAGCAAGAACCCGGCGGGUGACCUGGAGGAGACCAAGUUUGUGAUCUACGAUCAACCGAGCUUUGAAGCCUUCCUGUCCGAGCUUGGUAAGCACACCGAGAUUGGUGCAGGGGCUGCAACCUCAAUGGAGCCAUCAGCACCUGUGACUGCUCCUGACAUAGGAGAGCCUGUCGCGGUCCAGAUGACCCCAGACGGAUCUUUCAAGACCAAAGUGACCAUGCGGGACGUAGUGGUGGAGGUGGAGCAAGGUGACAUCACCAGGGAGAAGGUCGACGCCGUCGUCAACCCCACCCGAGGAGACAUGGACCUGUCACUCGGUAAAGUCUCCCAAGUUCUGAAGAGGAAGGGAGGACCUGUGGUACAAACGGAAUGCGAAAAAUAUGACAAAAACAAGUUGAAGAAAGACGGCGUGGGCAUCACAGCAGCUGGUGGACUGGCUGCCAGGUACAUCCUCCAUCUUGUUGCUCCCGGAUUUGAGACUGAGAAGUGGAAGAAGGCAAUCAUCAACUGCCUAGCCUUCGCAGAAAGUCAUCAGCUGACAAGCUUGGCCUUUCCAGCACUGGGAACCGGACAAAUGGCCAAAGACCCAACAGAGUCAGCCACGAUGAUCAUCGAGGCCAUCGCUGAGUUCGCCCAGAAGAAAAACCCCAAACACCUGAAACGUGUCCGCAUUGUGAUCUUUGACGCAGGCAUGAUAAAACCGUUCCACGACAAGUUGGGGAAGUGUCUGAAAACGUCUUCAUCCUUGUCUCUGAAGAGUUUUGUGUCAGGAGUGAAGAAACUGGUGAAGAAGAUACGUCCGGAUCCAGCCAAGCCGCCGCCUCCAGCACCACCGAAGCCAGUGGUUCUGUUGGACAUCUACGCGGGCAGCAAGGAGGACGUGGAGUCUGCGGUCAACAAGAUCCACGAGACCGCCGACCGGGAGAGCAAAACUCACUACGUCACCGACAAGAACAUCGCACGACUGACAGACGAGGACGUCGCGACUAUCUUGCAGAAGGCGUUAGAGCGAGAUGUCUGCAUGGAGAUCUGCAAUGGCAGGAAGAAGAUUCGCCUAGAGGGUCUUGCUGAGGACAUCCUCGUUCUACAGACCGAAAUCCACCAGAUUCUGGCCCGGGUGAUGAGCGAAGGGAAACAGCGGGAACACGCCCAGCUCAUCGCCGCAGUCAUCAAGUGGGUUUACGUGGAUAACGGCACUGAGGUGGAGUUCGACCGGCUCACCAACCUGAAGAUCGAAAACGCGCUAAACGAGGGGCACACUCGGGUCAGGGUUGACGUUGAUGACGUCGGGGAGUGUAUUGCGCACCUUCAACAAAACGUCUUAGUGACGGUAGAAGAGGGGUAUCGCUACAAGCUUAAGAGGAAAGCUGCGGGUGAUCCAGAAUUCCCGUCUACUUGGACUUCUGUGAAAAGUGACUUCGACAUGGUCAGUGUGGAGGCCAACAGUCCGGAGUACGACGGCAUAGUCAAGGCAUUCAUCAGAUCUGCCGGAGGGAAUGGCAUUGAAAUACAGUCGGUGAAACGCAUCCAGAGCCGCCUGUGCUACACGCAGUACAUGACCACCAAGCGGGAGAAAGAAACGAGCGGCCGGAUCAGUAACGGAAACCCGGAGCGCCGUCUGUACCACGGCACGUCGGCUGAGACGUGUGACAAGAUCGCUCGACACGGCUUCAACCGGGCAUUCUGCAGAUCAGAAAACCUGUUUGGAUCCGGUGUCUACUUUGCGAGCUCAGCCUUCUACGCCCUGCAGGAUUCCUACUCCCGCCCUGACGACCGCGGCUACAAACACGUCUUCGUGGCCAAAGUCCUGACCGGAGACUACUGCAAGGGCGCGCCGAGCCUCGUGGCGGCUCCGCCGAAAACUGAAGACGGCAGCCUCCUGUACGACAGCGUGGUGGAUGACGAGAACAACCCGAACAUCUUCGUGGUGUUCCACGACACCGUGGCGUAUCCCGAGUACCUCAUCACGUUCAAAGAAAAGUCCGACACCCCAGCUGACUGGACCAGGAUGAGGUACGAUACGGCUCUCGCCAUCGAGCCCGUGGAUCCCACAACGGAGGAGUAUCAGCGUGUGUCGCAGUUCUUCACCGUUACCAACACUGGCAACAGAACUAUUGUUAAGAUCGAACGGAUCCAAAGUCGGUUCCUGUGGACAAAGUACCAGGAGCGGAAACAGGUGCUGUCCGCCAUCUUUCCUCCCGAGAUGCAGUUCGAGCGGCAGCUUUUCCACGGGGUUUCUGGGAACAUGUGUGAGGACAUCAGCAUCCAUGGCUUCAACUCUCACAACGGAGGGAAUUACGGCCAGGACUACGGUGUCGGUGUGUACUUCACCGUCAACUCGGCUGACUCGGCACACGACCGUCACGCCCCGGCUGACGGUACGACCGGAGAGCGGCACAUGUACCUGGCGCGGGUCCUGACGGGAGGGUUCUGUCAGGGGGCACCAGGACUGACCCACCCCCGGCCCUGGGACCUGCCGGACGGGACAGGAGACGACGUCUACCUGAGUGCCGUGGACAACACGGAGGAUCCCAAGGUUUUCGUCAUCUUCGACGUCGUCGCUGAGGUUCAGGCUUACCCUGAGUACCUGAUCACGUUUAAAUAAGCGCAUAAUGCAUCAAGAGACACUUCUGUGUCUUGCGUCGCUUACGCUGCAUUUUUCUGGCUUCAUACAAUUGAAAGAGAAAUACUAUUAUUUCUAGCAAAUAUGUCUAUAUGUACCUGUAAACCUGUAAAUGAAGGAAGGUUCAAAUAUUUGAGACCAAAUUUAAUUGGUAUUUGCUGUGGCACAUUUUGUUGAUUACAAUAGAAUUAACGGCUAUUUGUCAAAGACAAGGAGUUGCAGGUAAUGCUUUUCAAGUAUAUCCAAGAUAUAAAGUCUGUACUACACUAGUGCACAGUGAUUGCCUUACUAACUCAAGUAUCGGUAAUGGAGAAAGAAUACACGAAAUCGGCGUAGUGAAAACAUUUAUCGAGAAACUAGUAAUUACCAACCAGACGAAAAGUCGUUGCUUUUACAUUAUUGUCUGACUGUUGAAGUUUAAAUCACUAUCCAUAUUCCUGGAUGGGCAGUUUGCUUUACCACUUACUAUGACUAACAUGUCCCUAUCACAUUCUUCUUAUAUAAUAGAUUAUAACAAUUAUGUACAUUGACAACUGGAAUACCGAUUGGUCGAUAUUCUUUACAUAUACAUUUCUAUAAUGGUGGUCAACACCUUGUAUCUUUACGUUUCUAUAGCAAUAGUUGAAUCAAUGGAUGUUAUUUCCAGACACGCUGUUAACGAUGGAAUGGCUUAAGGCACAGAUUAUGAAUAACCAAGAAUGGAAAUUGCUUGUGUUUAUCUGAUAAAAAGCUUGGAUUGAUCGAC